AGAGAAAUCAAUUACUAUAGUGUCAAUAUAAAAUCAUAUACACACGGAGUACAUCACCAGCAAUGUUGUGUGAAAAAAGCUUAUUGGAAAACACGCUUGAAGAUACCAACUGAUACUUGUAGAUUAAGACCCAGGUAACGUGAUGGGUGGACGUUUCUCACAUGACCAAGAAACACUCCCACAAGCAGUCUCCAGUCAUUGUAAUGAUCCUGCUAAGCACAAGUACAUUGACAAAAUCCUCGCAAGUGCUGAAGACAGUGACAACGGAUUAGGUGUGGUAGAAGAAGAGGAAGGAUUUUCUGGUAAAUGUAUCGAUUUGAAAGAUUAUGUUGAUCAGUUUCCAUUUGAAAACCUCGUCUUUGAGGGCGGUGGUGCUAAAGGCAUAUCCUAUCCAGGAGCUCUACUGGCACUAGAAGAGCUUGGGAUAAUGUCGAAGAUCAAACGAUUCUCUGGAACAAGUGUAGGUUCCAUUGUUGCUUUUAUGGCUGCGCUUGGGUACAGCUCCCAGGAAAUACAAGAAGUCGUUCAGAAAGAUUUUAAAACGUUCUUUGAUGCUAAACUCGGACGAUUAAGCGUAAUACCGAAUUUAUUACGCUAUUUUGGAUGGCAACCAAUGAACAAGUUCUACGAAUUCUUGGGAGAACUCGUUGAAAAUAAACUUAGUGAUAAGGAUGCAACAUUUAGCGAUUUUUAUAAGAACACUGGAAAGGAACUUUGUAUCGUUGUCACCAACGUUAACUAUAUGGAGGAGGAAUAUUUUCAUCCCAAGACCACACCCAACGUUCCGAUCAGAAUGGCGGUCCGGAUGUCUACAAGUAUUCCAGGCAUGACGCAACCGGUACAUUAUACAAAAUCUGGCUGUAAAUGUGUAUAUGUCGACGGUGGACUGUUGGUUAACUAUCCCAUUUCUUGUUUUGACGGAUGGUGGUUAUCGAUGAAGAAAGAAGAUUCUUUUUAUAAAAGAUUACAGCCUCUGGACAGAUUGCCUAGUAUCAUGAACAGAAGAAAUAGAUUUGCUCGGGAUGAAAAGACUGCCGACAAAACAUUGGGAUUUAUACUGUAUGCUAAGGACGAAAUUCAAAGCUUCAAAGCAGUCUUUGAAAGUAGAAGAAACACGACAACUGUUUAUCCGGAUACAAAAUUAGGAAGAAAAGCGAUGCAGAAAAUGAAAAACGAGACGAAACUGGGGAAAGAACACUUGCGUGUAAAAGGUGCUAUCAAUAAAUUUUUAAAGAUUGCAUCAAAGCAUGAUAUAGACAGCGAUGCAAUGAUCAGCAAAGAUGAACUCGAGGCAAUGCUGAAUGAUAAAGCCUUCACUCAAUGUGACAAAGAAAGACUAUUUGGAAAAGAUGUUACUACUGAGGAUGUUAUGAAACAACUUGAUAAAGACGGAAACGGCAAGAUUGAUUUUGAAGAGGUGGUCGUAUUCAUAGAGGAUAUGGGAUUGACAAUAGCAAAUCGUAAUAUGGGAUUUAGAAGACAGGAAGCGACGACAUUGCUGAAGUUUAUGCAAACACUGUACACAACAUUGUUCUUCAGUGUCAACGAAAUUGGAUUUAGUUCAGAUGAUUUGUCUAGAACAGUUGGGAUAAAUACGCAUUAUGUAGGGACAUUGGAGUUGAAUUACCAAAAGGAAGAUGUAGACUUUUUGAAUAAGGAGUCGUAUGAAUCCACCAUGGCAUUCUUGAAAGAUUUUGUUGCAACAAAGUUACAAGCAAAGGAUGAGAAACAAGGUGACCUGGCGAAGUAGCGUCGUUAGUGCCAUAUUCAAACACUCAAUAAGUAUUGCCAAAGUCAUUAUUCAAAGCUAAGGACUUACAUGCACUUUUCAUUCAAAUUGACAUUCAUUGUGUGUUGGGUACUCUCAGAAUGUAGUUGUAUUCUUUUCAAUAUCCAAGUAUAUACAAUAAAGAUGGAAGCAGAA